UUCUACUUAUCAGACUAUUUUCUAAUUGAAACAUACAAUACAGCUACAGUUUUUUGUUUGUUUUCCCUUUUAGCAGUUACACUUUGGAAUCAUGAACACCGCCAGCCUGGUUGUUAUCGCUGUCGCAGUCAUCUGUGGCGUCAGUGCGUUCGUCUGCCCAAGAUGUACUCACCCUAACGACCCAAACUCAUGCACCGAGACACACAACUGCACCAACGCCAAUCAAGACACCUGUCAUCUUAACAUCAACACAGUCAACGGCCACAGUAGAGUACAAUAUGUCUGUCAGAUUGCUGCUAACUGUCAUCUGCACGAGACUCAGCAUUGUGACCUGACAGUUGACGGACACUGCAUCUUCUGCUGUGAUUCUAUCGCUGCAUGCAAGGUACAGAGAGACGGACUCUUCCCAAGCUCUGGCAGAUAAAGAACUUCAAUCCUGAGAUCUUUUCUACACAAAUGUAACGUCUCUGUGGAAAAGUUAUUUAUAUUUUGAUUUACAUAAAAAGAUGAAUUAAUACAUUUAAAAAAAAAACAAA